CUCGACGAGAAAACAACCGCCAUUAAAAUUCACUACGAUGCCUAGUGAGUUACAGUAUAUCUAUGUGGUUCGCGUUUUACCGGAGGAAAGAGGUGUUUUCCGGGGUAUCGGUCGCCAGCGCGCGCUAGUUGUCGCCGAGGCGGAGGACUACUCGGAUGCAGCCGGGACUCAGUGCGAGCGGAGCUGAAUGGAGGCAGCCUCUUCCUGGUGGAUAAACAGUGACAGCUACAGGGCAGCCACCUAGACCCAGCACACAGGCUCUGGCGCUGCCCUGGCAAACAACAACCAAAAUGGCUUCAGACAGUACACACAUCGCGCAGUUGACUUCUGAACUGUACUUCCUAAUAGCCCGAUUUCUAGAAGCUGGACCGUGUCAAAAAGCAGCCGAGACCCUGAUAAGGGAGGUGGAGGAGAAGGAGCUGCUGCCCAAAAGGCUGGACUGGACGGGGCAGGAACACCCCGGGACGUACGAAAAUUUGGUGAAGCUCUACAGGCACAUCACUCCAGACCACCUGCUGCAGGUCUGCUCCAGAGUUUGCCCACUGCUGGAGGGGGAGGUCCCAGCCAGCGUGCCUGGACUCACCAGCCUGCUGGGGGCCGGCAGGCAGAAUCUUCUCCGCACCAGCAAGAGUUGCAAGCAUGUUGUGUGGAAGGGUUCGGCUCUGGCAGCGUUACACUGUGGACGACCACCGGAGCCUCCUAUCAUCUAUGGGAGUCCACCUAAUAUUGUGGAGACGAGCUACGGCCGUCGACUGAACGGCUCGUACCGCCUCCGGCAGCUGGUGCCCACGGCCGUGUACCAGCACAUGAAGAUGCACAAGAGGAUCCUGGGACACCUGUCGUCCGUGUACUGCGUGACCUUCGACCGGACGGGGCGACGCAUCUUCACGGGCUCAGAUGACUGCCUUGUGAAGAUCUGGGGAACAGAUGACGGGCGUCUGCUGGCGACUCUGCGCGGCCACGCUGCUGAGAUUUCAGACAUGGCCGUCAGCUACGAGAACACCAUGAUCGCUGCCGGCUCCUGCGACAAGACCAUCAGAGUGUGGUGCUUACAAACCUGCGCCCCUUUGGCUGUGCUGGAGGGACACGCUGCCUCCAUCACCUCACUGCAGUUUUCCCCUCUCUGUAGCGGCUCCAAGCGCUACCUGUCCUCCACCGGCGCUGAUGGCACCAUCUGCUUCUGGCAGUGGGACGCACGGACGCUCAAGUUCGGUCAGAGGCCCAGUAAAUUCACAGAGCGCUCCAGACCCGGCGUCCAGAUGAUCUGCUCCUCCUUCAGCGCAGGUGGUAUGUUCCUCGCCACAGGAAGCACGGACCACAUCAUCAGGGUGUACUACUUUGGAUCAGGCCAACCAGAGAAGAUCUCCGAACUUGAGUCCCAUACAGACAAAGUUGACAGCAUCCAGUUCUCACAUUGCAGUGACAGGUUUGUGAGCGGCAGCAGAGAUGGUACGGCACGAAUCUGGCAGCUGCAGCCUCAGGGCUGGAGGAGCAUUCUGCUGGACAUGCAGACCAAAUUACCAGGGAAGUACAACCCUCCUCCGCUGGAAGACAAGGUGACCAAGCUGAAGGUUACCAUGGUAGCGUGGGAUCGCCAUGACAGCACGGUGAUCACAGCGGCCAACAAUCUGACGCUGAAGGUGUGGAACUCCAUCACCGGAAAUCUGGUCCAUGUCCUGAUGGGUCAUGAGGAUGAGGUGUUUGUUCUAGAGCCGCAUCCCUUUGAUCCCAGGAUCCUUUUCUCAGCGGGGCACGAUGGGAAUUGUAUUGUGUGGGACCUGGCAAGAGGAGUAAAGAUCCGCUCCUAUUUCAACAUGAUUGAAGGCCAAGGGCAUGGAGCGUUGUUUGACUGCAAAUGUAGUCCAGAUGGGCAGCACUUUGCAGCCACCGAUUCCCACGGUCACCUGCUCAUCUUUGGCUUCGGCUCAAGCAGCAAGUAUGACAAGAUAGCGGACCAGAUGUUCUUCCAUACCGACUACCGGCCACUUAUCCGCGAUGCCAACAAUUACGUUCUGGAUGAGCAGACUCAGCAGGCUCCACACCUCAUGCCUCCCCCCUUCCUGGUGGACGUGGACGGGAACCCUCACCCACCUCGAUACCAGCGGCUGGUGCCUGGCAGGCAGGGCUGCAGAGACGAGCAGCUGAUUCCUCAGAUGGGGGUCACUUCUUCAGGUCUGAACCAAGUGGUGAGCGAGCAGGCGGUGGACGGUCCCAGUCCUCUGGAUACGAUGAUCCAGAGGCUGCAGCAGGAACAGGACCAAAGGCUGGGAACCAACGACUCCUCUGCUCCUGCCGCGACUGCAGCAAACACCAGGUCCAGCCGAGGAUCGGUGGGUUCGCCUACAGAAGUACACUCGCCGCCCAACGUGGGUCUCCGGCGCAGCGGGCAGAUCGAGGGUGUUCGCCAGAUGCACAGCAAUGCCCCUCGAAGCCAGAUGGCCACAGAGGGAGACCUGGUGGCCUGGAGCCGCCGGGUGCUGGUCCCCGAGCUGGAGGACGCCUCCGUCAGGAGACAGGUGAACUGGCGCGAAGCGAAAGGGGAAGAGGAGAUCAAUAUUUAUCAGUCAGAAAGGAGAAGACGCACAAUCCACUCUCUCCCCAAAGAGAGCAGGGUUCAUCCGACAUCAGAGUGCGUUGUGGACGAGGGGAGGAGGAGCCAGGGUAACCACGGCUACCAAACCCGCGCCGCCAUGGAGGAAACAAGCCGCCAGAGCGCCGAGGCUGCUGACGAUGAUGAGAGCACCUCAGAGGCAGAGGUGGAGGUACGACAAAUUAACGGGCACUCCUCAGAGGAGGAGAAGGACGAGGAAGAAAAGGAGCCCUGGCCAGACGACCACAGUAGUUCAAGCGACUACUCCAGUGAUUAUUCCGACUGGACAGCAGACGCAGGAAUCAACCUUGAGCCGCCCAAGAAGAGCGUUAAAGUGAAAAAGAAAAGCAGCGGCUCCGAGGAGGACGGAGAGAAGAAGAGGGAGGGCAAGAAAGAAAGGAAAAAGGACAAACCAGACAAAGACGGCGCAUUACCAAAGAAGACGAAGCCAAAGGAGAAGAGGAAGAGGACGGAGUUUCAGGAGCAAGGGCUAACUCUGGAGGAAUGGCUUCCCUCUGCCUGGAUCACGGACACGGUCCCUCGGAGAUGUCCUUACAUACCCCAGAUGGGAGACGAGGUGUACUACUUCAGGCAGGGCCAUGAGGCUUAUGUGGAGAUGGCCAAACAAAAGAUUUUCAGCAUCAAUCCUAAGAAGCAACCCUGGCACAAGAUGGAGCUACGGGAGCAGGAGCUGAUGAAGAUAGUUGGCAUCAAGUAUGAAGUGGGUUUGCCCACGCUGUGCUGUCUGAAGCUUUCGUUUUUGGACCCUGACACUGGCAAACUGACCGGAGGAUCCUUUUCUAUGAAGUACCACGACAUGCCUGAUGUAAUCGACUUCCUGAUAUUGCGGCAGCAGUUUGACAAUGCCAGAAAAAGACAGUGGGCUAUAGGCGACAGGUUUCGGUCUGUGAUUGAUGAUGCCUGGUGGUUUGGGACCAUUGAGAGCCAGGAACCCUACCAGUCCCAGUAUCAGGACAGCUUGUUCCAGUGCUACAAUGUCUGCUGGGAUAAUGGAGACACAGAGAAGAUGAGUCCUUGGGAUAUGGAGCCCAUUCCUGAUGAUGCCACGUUCCCUGAGGAGUUGGGCAUGAGUGUCCCGCUGGUCGAAGCAGAGCAGAAAGAGCUGCUGUACGUCCCCCUGGAUGGAGAAUGGGGCUGCCGCACACGUGCAGAGGAGUGCGAACGCAUCAUCAAAGCCAUCGACCAGCUCUGCACACUCGAUGUGGCAGCACCGUUUGCCUUCCCAGUGGACCUCCAAGCUUACCCCACGUACUGCACAGUGGUGGCCUACGUCACCGACCUCAGCACGAUACGCCAAAGGCUGGUGAACCGCUUCUACAGACGGCUUUCCUCCCUGAUGUGGGAGGUGCGUUACAUAGAACACAACGCUCAGACGUUCAAUGAGCCGGGAUCAUUCAUCGUCACCACCGCCAAGUUUGUCUCUGACCUCAUGCUGCAGUUCAUUAAGGACCAAAGUCUGACCGACCUCAUGCCGCUCUACAAAACCAUGAAGAAAGCAACCUUCUCUGACUCCGAAGAUGAGGAUGAUGAGGAAGACGAUGAAGAUACGAAUACUCCUGGAACAUCCACACGAAACCACAAGGGCCGUCGACCCAUGCAGCGCACACUGCGAACCCGACCUCCUUCAUACGACCCUCACGCAUGGAGAGGCCGCUGCAAGGAGUUGCUGGAUCUCAUCUUUCAGUGUGAAGACUCUGAGCCUUUCAGAGAACCUGUGGACCUGCAAGAAUACCCGGACUACCUGCAAAUAGUCGACUCACCCAUGGACUUUGGCACCGUUCUCAACACGCUGACGGAAGGAAAGUACCAGUCUCCCAUCGAGCUCUGCAAAGACGUCAGGCUCAUUUUUAGCAAUUCCAAAGCAUACACGCCCAGCAAGAAGUCUCGGAUAUACAGCAUGAGUCUGAGGCUGUCUGCGCUGUUUGAGGAACACGUCAGCUCCAUCCUGGCCGACUACAAAGCCAUCCACGGUCUGACAGAUAAACUGACCAGACAGGGCUCAGACAGACAGACACGACACACUACAGACAGACAAACACGGCACGCGAUAAAGCGCAGGAGGAGGAGGAGCGAUUCUCCCGCCAGCAGCACUGCAUCCAGUCCAGAGAGGAAGAGGCGAGUGUCUUCCAGGGUGACUGCAAAGAAGGAGCCCUCACCGCCUCCUUCACGACCCCCGUCUCUGAGGCAGAGCAUCCCCCCGAAACAGCCUCCUCAGCUGGUCAACGGCAAGGCGGACGCUCCGACUCCGGGGCGAACACGCAGCGGAACACGCCAUUCUACGCACUCUCCACCCUCCUCAUCCUCCUCGCAGAGCAUCACCAACAACACACCGAGCGCAGCAGAGUCCACUCGCUCGUCGCGGACUCAUAACUCUGUGUCGGCUUCUGCACCACCAGCUCCUGAAAAGGUGACGCCGUCCCAACCCACAGAGUUCAGCGGUGGAAGCACUCGUCGGAAACUCAGGACGCCUGUGAGACACACCCCUGGCUCUCCUGUCAUUCCUGCAUCUCAAAGCACAGUCCACCUGAACGGCCACAGCAGUCAUGUGACUCUGGGUGUCGGCCGACGGGGGCGGAAGUCCAGGACGGAGGCGCCGGUGAGUCCUCCGGAAGUCACGACUCCAGCGAGCCCCUCGAGACCCAGAGGUCGACCGCCCGGCAAGAAGAGAGGCAGGAAGAGCAAGCAGGAGCUGGAGGAAAUGAGGAGGAGCGGCAACCGCAGGAGCUCCACCCCCGACGACGAGCUCGACCAAUCCACGGGCGACGAAGGCGGCACGUCUUCCGCACAGGAAACCUCGGUUCUGUCGGACUCCGGCACGACGCACAGAAGGCGAGGUCGGCCCCGAAUCAUAAGAACUGAGGAACCCCCGCCUCCUGCCGAGUCACCCGAACCCUCGCCGCUGAGGAGGAGCAGCAGGAGAGCCAACGAGGAGGUGACGCCUCCUCAGGCCGCCUCGCAGCGACCGCUUCGGAAGGAGUCGCCGAAGGAGGAGGAUGGGGCAGGAGGGUCGAUGCGAACACGUAACCAGGGGCGACGGUCGGCCUGGUACAUGGAGGAGGACUCUGAGGAGGAACAGAGGCAGCUGCUGUUUGAGGACUCAUCAAUAACCUUUGGCACCUCCUCCAAGGGUCGCGUCCGCAAACUGACAGAAAAGGCCAAAGCCAACCUGAUCGGCUGGUAACACACAGGCUGGCUGAGGAGAUUUCUGAGCUUAAGCGCGGAGGAGUCGAGGAAGUCCUGCUUGUAUGCAUUUGUGUGUGUGGAGAUGCUGGUGUGGCUGCUACUAUUUGAAGCUGUGGCUUCUGAGGGAAAAACCGCGGUGUUCGCUCCUCACCUUCCUCUGCCCAGUUAGCACAUCAGCACCGAGGGUCACUUCUUCUUCUAAGUCCUCCUACAUUAUUGAUCCAUGUUGGAUCCCACAGGAGCGCACGGAGUCUUACGCUGGUGGUGUCGGGACGCACUCCUGUCCGCUGAAUCACUCUGAACCUCCGUCUGACCUUAAACGCAGCUGGGCAAAGACUUUUAGUACUUGAAAACACAAAAUGAGGAGAACGGAUGUAUCUUUAUCUCGCUAUUUUUGACGACUUUUUGCCCGUGGAGCUGAAGCUGUGGGGCCGGUGAUGGACAACAAACCGCCGGCCUGACAAACGUCCUACAACCCCCCCCACCUUCUUCUUCAUUCGCCCUGCUCUUUUUUAUACAACCCGCUCUCUGCUUUUUCUAAGAUUUGUACGUGAUGAUCGGCUGUCUGCUUUUGGAAGUCUUACACGUCGGCUGACCUGAGCGUGUACGUCUGCGCUAAAAUACCAAAUGGUGUACCUUUUUGUAGGUACUGUAGAUCUGUAGGUUUUGUUUACUAUUGAUGUGUUUUGUUUUUUGUUUUGGUUUUUUUUUUGCAUGUCAGUUAGAAAGUUUUUUCUUUUUCCUGACGCUGUUUUUACUGUGAGGAGGAGGAACAGGAUGCGUGGGUGAAAGGGGUCAUGUAUGUCGAUGUAGAUCACGUUUCAACGCGUCCUCAACAUUAGCAAUACCUUGUGCCUUUAUGUCUUCGGCGUGUGUGUGUGUGUGGGUGUGUGUGUGUGUGUGUGCGCUUGGCCUCUGCCCUGCAAAGUACAUGUGCCUGUCGGUGUGUGUGUGUGUGUGUUGUGCGAGUAAAUUCAAGGUGUGCGUGUGUUUUUUUUAUAACACAACUGAGCGUGUCGUUCACUUUCGGCGUACAAACAGUGGCAUACAGUUUGAUCGUUGUGAAACCUCUCAAAGAAAUGUAUUUAUAGCAGUGGAAAAAAAGAAUUUACUGUUGUUGUAAACAUACCAUUAUCCAUGUCGAUAUAUUAUCCUAUAACCAACCUAUCGUCAGUUUAUACCUAAGGUACGGAGAGCGGAGGAUUUGGGGCGACUAGCUUUCGAGAUGCACUUACCACAGACCGGUUAUCAGUGCAGUCUUAGGGAGGAACCAUGUGUAUUUUGAAACAUAUACAAAUGAACUUUUCACACACACACACACACACACAUACACACACACACACAUACACACACACACACACACACAGUUGUGUCUCGCAUGUUCUAGCACUUUCUCAUGUCUGAAGCAAGCAGGACGGAAAGCAAACCAGAGAGAGAAACAAGUCAUAUAUCAUCAUUCUGAUUGUGUGCCUUUGCUACUCUGGCAUAUUGAAUCCACGGUUUUUCUCCUUUUCGGGGCCUUGUUUUGAUUUGUUUGUUUGUUUUUUUGGGACUUUCCGGUUCUGUCUGGGACUUCAGGCUCGUACGAGAAAAGACUGAGGAGUCCGACAGGGGGAGACGUACGUUCUGCGUCACACUUUGUACACACCACAACACAAAGCGGACCGAUUUCUAAACGACAUUUUUCUGUUUCCGCCCUCCAGCGCAGAGCCAAAAUCUUGCACCUCGUGUUGUGGGGUUGACUGGGGAGAACUGGACAGUAGCAUCUAUAUCCACUUCCAUCAGACACAUAUUACUAAACGUAUAACCCAUCUGCUCAUCGUUGGUUCUUUUUGUCGUUACGUCAAUGCCAAAUCCUGUCUUUGGGCACUGAACUUUUAGAACAUGGCUUUUUGAAUGUCUUUUAUUUUCUAAAGAGGUUUUAUCGUCUCCAUAGUGAGUGUGUCGAGCUCUUUUUACAUAUUACGUGUCAACUGUUUUCCGUCUGUGUCCCUGCCAUACAGGAGGAUGGGAUGGUGUUCUUACACUCUGCCACACGUAUGUUAGGGGAUCAUUUACACAAACUCUGCCGUCGUUAGCUCCACAAACGCCUCGUUUACAUCGUGUAUAUGAAGGGUUUUAUUCCAGUUUGAGACACGUUCCUUCAUAAGGGACAGAAAUGAAAGUAAAUCCCAUUAUUUGGAUUUAAAGGUGGUGAUCUUUGGCCAUAAAAAUACACCGAUCAGCCACAGAAUUAAAGCAAAUACCACUGAUUAUCUCAUUACAGUGCUCUGCUGGGAACCAGUUAGAACUACAUUAAUUUAUUGAUUAGUUUUAAAGGUCAUUGCCAACUGUUUUGACAACUGAUUAUUCAGUUUGAGUGUUUCUUUUGGGAGAAAAUAGUGUAAUUAUUCAAAUAUUUGCUUGACUUUUUCCUUCACUUGAAUAUUUUCUUACCUUCUUUCACUUUAUCAGUAAACUUAACACCUUUAGGUUAUGGACCAAACAACACAUUUGUCAUCUUGGGCUUUAAGGAAACAGAUUUUUAACAAUUUUCGGUUAUUUUUGAUUGACGAAACAGGUACAUUUUUAAUUCCCUUGCAUUUUAUGUACAGCAGUUACUUUAAAAAUCAAGAUUUUAAAUACAAAAUAUAACUUUUACUUAAAAAAUGUCAGAUUUUUAGCUUUUUACGUGUGAUUUUUAUUUCAUUUGUCUCUUCUGUGACAGUAAACGGAAUCUCUUUGGGUUUGUCGUCUUGGGGCUUUGGCAAAGGCAGCAUAAACAUUAUUAAUGUUGUUGCUGAUCGGUGCAUUUUGCUGGUUUUAAUUGUUCAAAUGAAUCUAUAAACUCUUCAUAUUCACUUUCAGGGUUUGGGAUUUGUUUUUCUAUCUCAGCCAAUAAAAUUCACGUACAGAUGGGUGACAAAUUAAAGGAAAAGCCUGAACCCUGGACCCCUACUGUGAGGAGAUCUGGUGGCAUUUUUGCGACAUCGUUCGGAUCCGUUUGUUCCAUCAGAACAUUUCACCAAAUGAGGGAGUUUAUGUUGAAAGAAUUGUUUUAAUUCCCCCACACAUCAGGAAGCAGUGAAGCUUUACUGAGACACUUUAUUUGAGCUUUUUCCUUUAAUUUGUCACUCGUGUGUAUAUGCACAGAUUGUCAUGAGUAGAGUGCAGGUCUUAAAUUUGCUGAUCCAGGCUUCUCAAACUUGAAAUAUGAGCUAAUUUCUAAAGAAUGGCACCCAUCUUGCUUCAGGAAAGAUAACUGCACUUUUGGCCCACUACGUAGCAGCCAUGGUAUCCCCAGUUAAUAAGGGGAUAAAGGAGAAUAUUUGUCGUAUCUCAGCUUAUUUUCCAGUGAAAUAUGUAAGUAAUGACCAUCUUCAUCAAUAUCUGUGUUCAUCAGAUCUGCCAAAGUAGAAGAGCUGAUUUAGUUUUAUCACCUGAACCACAGAAGUCAUCUGAAAGGGGCUUUAAAAGAAGACAGGCAGCAGGAAGUGGUGAGUUCAUCUGCUCACAUUUUAUUCCAUUUUCAGAUAUGAUUUAAGCUUUUUUUUUUAAUUGAGAAGUUUGGAAUCGGCGCCUUCAGAGCUGCACUUCUACCGUGAUAUCUUUGGAGCUCAUGUAAACACGGCCUGUGCUAACGUGUGGCAGAGUUUGUGUGUGUGUGUGUGUGUGUCUGUAAUGUGUGUGUGUGUGACGUGGCUGCAUGUAAGCCACCAGGAAGCGUUAUGGGAUGUUUUAAGGGGACGCGGGACGGGGAAGGACGAAGAGAAAAGGGGGUAAAAAGGGGCGUUUCACUGAUUGACGAGGUUGUCUUUGUUAGUUUGGAUACUUUUUAUAUAUAAAGGAAUUAAUGCAAAAAAGACGCAUAAAGCUAGAAUGUAUGUGUAGGGGAGUACUGCUGUCCUGUUAGUUCAUACCAAUAUUUUAAGUAAAUAAACAGUUGUGUUUCCAUA